AUGUCUGCUCAAGUUGCUAACCAACCUCGUCAAGUCGAGUCUCGCCGAGGAGCACCCAGCAGGGGCGGAAACCGAGGACGCGGUGGUCAUCGUGGCUCUCAUCAUCGCGGAGUACGUCCAAACACCAAGGCCCCUGAUUCCAAGCCACCCACUAUCGUGCCUGACGAGAAAGUGGGAGAUGUUGCUGCCGUCUUUGUUGCGGACGCACAGUCGGCCGAGGACGCUGACGAUUCCGAUGACGUUUGUUGGAUUUGUGCUGAACCCGUCAAAUAUUAUUCCGUGUCCGAAUGCAAUCAUCGUACAUGUCACGUCUGUGCCCUACGGCUCAGAGCGCUAUAUAAGAAGACAGAUUGUGCUUUCUGCAAGGAUCCACAACCAUCUGUCAUAUUCACCGUUUCUCCCGAUGCUUUGUUCAGCUCUUACGCUACGGACGCUAUUCCUUACAAGGACGCGAAGCUCGGGAUCACAUUUGAGACCCAAGAAAUGAUGGAGGACACGCUGAUCCUCCUUCGAUUCAACUGUCCAGACCCGGACUGUGAUUACAUCGGAAACGGUUGGGGUGACUUGAAACUACACGUUCGCGCCACCCAUGGGAAACUUAUGUGUGAGCUUUGUAUCCGAAGCAAGAAGGUUUUUGCGCAUGAACAUGCGUUAUAUCCACCUAAUUUGCUGCCCAUUCAUCUCCCGUCCAUGCACCAUCGCCCGGGGAAGACCGCACUCAAAGAUGCGAGCCAAAUAGAGGGUGGCAUACACCCUCUAUGCGAAUUUUGUCGAGAGUGUUUUUUUAGUGGCGAUGAAUUGUACCCUCACAUGCGAGAGAAGCAUGAGGAGUGCUUUCUCUGUAAGCGGAAUGAAGUUAGAGAUCAAUAUUUCAUUAACUACGAGAGUCUAGAAAGGCACUUUAACAGCAUUCACCAUCCUUGCACGCAAAAAGAAUGCCAAGCUCAAAAAUUCGUCGUCUUUAACUCCCCCUUAGACCUCAGAGCUCACAUGGUAGAAGUUCAUGGAGGAGACAUGAGCUCACGAGACAAAAAGGACGCUAGAAGGGUGCCCGCCGAAUUUGCCUUUGAAGAAGUAGGACAUGGGGGACGGCACGGUAGAAGAGAUCGGGAACGAGAACGUGAACACGAACCACCACCUCAAUCACACCGGCAGCAAUUACAGACGGCCCCUCCACCACAGGCCGUCGCUUCGGUCACUCGACCGCCGGGAAGCGGAUUGAGAAGGCGAGAGGCCUUUGGAGGCGCGCUGACAACUGACGGAAGUAGUAUUCCCCAAGCAACCUCCAAUAACAAUACUCCUGGUGCUAGUCGACCUUCUUCACCACCACAUGCUGGAGAUGCAGAUCCUGCUGUUCUAGAGAGACAUGCUCUUUUCUUGACACGUUUGGAAUCUGUCGCUUCUAACCCUGCUACAGCAGUACCUGCCGUGAGGGCUGCGACUCGCGGCUAUCGGUCCUCUGAGUCCAGUGCAAGAGAUCUUAUCUCGACAAUCUGGAAUGUCCUGGACAGGAACCUGGAUCACACAGCUGGCAUUGUAAACGCCUUUGUUGACCUCCUGGACGAGGAAGAAAAGAAGCAGGAUCUACUAUCGUCAUGGAGAGGAUUCGCAAUUGAGCAACGUCGUCAAUUCCCCGAUCUCGUACCUACCUCAACCGGCUCAGGAUACGCGGGUAUUGCCUCAGGCCGCGUGCUUAAUGCAAAACACUCCACUGCAACCCGAUCCUCUGAACGUUCCUCACGACAGGUCUGGGACCGUGUUGCCCAGGCAGCUGGUUCUUCCUCCGCUGCUGUUCCACCAUUGAAUCAAGUACCCGGACAGCAACGGUCGCGGUCGCCAGCAAAGUUUCCCGCUCUAACAGGCGGGUCCACAACAGCAUCAACACCUACCCCCGCCUUCCGCCAAGGCCAAAGAAACACUCCAUGGUCCACCAGCUCUGCAACAGGGUUUAAAGCACCCACUGCCCUUCCCGGAUCGUCUUCGUCCUUCCCAUCCGCGUCUGAGUGGCGGCCGGCUUCCUCUUCUUCCUCUUCUGCCUCUGCCAAAGCCGCUGCACAUGGGGGACCACGUCAAGCUCCACCUAAACUCUCAAAAGCGCUGUUCCCCGAGCUUCCGACGGCAACGAACUCAAGGCAGAAGCCACAAAUCAGCGGGAAUGUAUCCCUCAAGAACAUUUUGGGCAACUCCGCAACUCCGGCCGUGAGUGCGUGGGCUGGUGCUGCUGUUGGACAUCCUGCUGGACAGGAAACGCCGAGUGGUGCCAAUGAGACGCCUGCUACUGAGGGUAAUAUCACAACGGCAGCAACAGGAAAAGGGAAGAAGGGGAAAGCGAAGCAAAAGCAGACAUUAUUUACCCUUGGCACGUUCCCAACGUAA